UCCACUUCUUACUUGUAUAAAAAAUUAUACUUGCAUUGAUUUCAUAGCUGUCAACUUAUAGCAUAAUAUGUGUGUGUAGUUUUUUUGGGCCUUUUUCUUUUUGUUCUACUGUUUCUCUUCUUCUGAUUUCUGAGGUAGUCUUGAGUAGUUGUAAUGAACCAGCUGUGGAAAAUGGAUCCGAAUAUAAAGAAAACCAAGAACUCAGCAGAUUCGGCGAACUACCCUGAGGCAAUUCAGUCACCAUCCCAAUUUCCAGAUGAGGUCUUAGAGAAAGUCCUCUCUAUGCUGCACUCCCACAAGGAUAGAAGCUCAGUUUCCCUCGUCUGCAAAGAUUGGUACAAUGCUGAGCGUUGGAGUCGGACCAAAAUAUUUAUAGGCAACUGCUAUUCUGUCUCUCCUGAGAUUGUUGCCAGAAGAUUUCCAAGAAUUAAGAGUGUGACUCUCAAGGGAAAGCCUAGAUUUUCGGAUUUCAAUUUGGUUCCACAGAAUUGGGGUGCUAAUAUUCAUGAUUGGCUUGUUAUGUUUGCGAAAGUUUAUCCCCUUUUGGAGGAGUUGAGACUAAAAAGAAUGACUGUGAGUGAUGAGAGCUUGGAGUUCUUGGCUAUGUCAUUCCCUGGGUUUAAAGCACUCUCAUUGCUUAGUUGUGAUGGUUUUAGUACUGAUGGGCUCAAAUCAAUCGCUACUCAUUGCAAGAAACUAACUGAGCUGGACAUACAGGAGAAUGGGAUCGAUGAUGUUAGUGGAAGUUGGCUAAGUGCCUUUCCUGAUAACUUCACAUCACUGGAAAUACUGAACUUUGCCAGCCUGAACAGCGAGGUCAGUUUUGAUGCCCUUGAGAGACUUGUCAGUAGGUGCAAAUCUUUAAAGGUCUUGAAGGUCAAUAAAGGCACUGGCUUAGACCAGUUACAGCGCCUACUUGUGCGGGCACCUCAGCUUAUGGAGCUUGGUACUGGUUCUUUCCAGCAAGAACUCAUGUUUCGCCAUUGUAUGGAGCUUGAGAAUGCAUUCAGAAACUGUAAAAACCUGCAAAUCCUCGCUGGAUUAUGGGAUGCCUCUUACGUCUAUCUCCAUGUUCUAUAUCCAGCUUGUUCCAGUCUGACUUUCUUGAAUUUGAGCUAUGCAACCCUUCGUAGUGAUGAAUUCACGAAGUUAAUUGCUCACUGCCCUAACCUGCGGUGCCUCUGGGUUCUUGAUACUGUUGAAGACAAGGGACUAGAAGCUGUAGGAUCCUGCUGUCCCUUGCUUGAAGAAAUCAGGGUCUUCCCUGCACAUCCUUUUGAUCAAGAUAUCAACCAUGGCGUGACUGAGUCAGGUUUUCUGGCUGUUUCUCAUGGGUGCCGCAAACUCCACUAUGUUCUCUACUUUUGUCAGCAGAUGACUAAUGCUGCAGUUGCAACUAUAGUGCAGAACUGCCCUGAUUUUACCCAUUUUCGUCUCUGCAUAAUGAAUCCAGGCCAGCCAGAUUACCUGACAGAUGAACCCAUGGAUGAGGCUUUUGGUGCUGUGGUAAAGACUUGCACUAAGCUUCAGCGGCUUGCAGUUUCAGGCCUCUUAACUGACCUGACAUUUGAAUACAUUGGGAAGUACGCUAAGAAUCUUGAGACUCUCUCGGUGGCUUUUGCUGGCCGCAGUGAUUGGGGUAUGCAGUGUGUGCUUGGUGGUUGUCCAAAGCUGAGGAAGCUUGAAAUUAGAGAUUGCCCAUUUGGAAAUGCUGCACUACUGUCUGGGUUGAAGAAAUAUGAAUCAAUGCGUUCGCUCUGGAUGUCAGCAUGCAAUGUAACAAUGAAUGGUUGUCGUUUACUUGCAAAGGAGAUGCCAAGAUUGAAUGUAGAGGUCAUGAAAGACGAGGAAGAUGAUAGCCAUGUGGACAAAGUUUAUGUAUAUCGUUCUGUAGCUGGGCCAAGAAGGGACGCCCCACCAUUUGUUCUUACCCUGUGAGAUUCUAAGGGUUUAUGCAGGUUUACGAUGAAUAACUCCCUAGCAGUCUUCCAGCUGGGAUCUGAUUAUUGAAUGAAUGUUAUAGUAGUGGUAAAGAAACUAAAAAAGUCCUAGUUCUUGACUGAUGGCUCUUUCAAGUAUAUUAUCUGUUCGCUUUGCAUGGAGGAGCGGGAUAACAACAAAAGGCAAGGAUUGUAAGGCCCUCCUGCUUCAAUUGCUGUGGAGUUGGUUGUACUUGCAUCUGAUGACUGAAGAAUCAUCAUAUAUGCAAGCGCUCCAGCUAUCAAGAAAUGCAAUCGACUGAGAAAAAUGCCUUGCCUCUAGAGAGAUAGAUAUAUAAGGUGAAUUCCAAAACCAAAGUGCCAAAAUGAGCUACAUCUUUAGAGGUGGCAUGAUCAAGACACAGGAAUAGCCAUUUUCCUUGAGCUUCUUCCCAGUAUGUCAUUCUAAAACUUCCAGUCCUUUUUGGCCCUCCUGUGUCGUGGUUUAUUACUUUUCGGGGUGAGAUCUUGUGCAGUAAUUCCAUUGUUGCUACCCUUAUCUGCACUGGAAUUACUUCCCCAUUAUUGUCACCCGGAGGAGGAGGAUACUGUCACAUAAAGAAGGAAUAGUUUCUUUAUUUAUUUAUGAAGAUCCAAUGCAACCUGUUCCAACUUCAUUUUUGUUGAAAA